AUGUCUAGUCUAUGUAGUGAUGGCUAUCCAACUAAAUGUGCUGCUUAUGGAUGACUUAACCGCCACUACUAUGUCAGGUAGUGGUGGUGUGGGUGUGGGUGUGUUGUGUGACUUUACCUACGGCUACGAAACCGAUGACUUUACACUGGCCAUCAUCAAUCUGACCUAUACUGACCCUGUGACCGGUGUCCAGCAUACAGAGUACGAAGAGUACGGGAAAUACUCGAUCGGUAGGAUCGGCUCAGUUAGUGGACGUAUGGUACACGUGUCCAGCAAUCAGCGGCAAACGCACGACGCUUGCGAUCCAAUAGAUACCGAUACUAUACCGUCGGAGCCGUGGAUAGCGUUGGCCCAGUACGGCAACUGUCGGGAUUCAGUCAAACUUAAACAUAUUGCCAAUACUAAUGCAUCGGCAGCUGUCAUCUAUAACAAUAGACACGGCACCCGACUAAUCAAAAUGCAUCAUAAAGAGUCGUCCACAAAAUCAUACUAUGAAUACCAAGAGGUUAGCGUUUCUGGACUAGAGAUAUGGCAUUUUGCCUCAAGUUUGAUAUCGGUAUUCAUACCCAAAGAAAAGGGCGAAUUUUUGGCCUCAAUGGUCGACAAUGGGACCCGAGUUAUGGUACAGAUAUCCAUAACUACACAUCCCAUGAGAUAUACAAACAUCAAUAGGACAUCCGUACUGUUUGUAUCCAUUUCCUUCAUUGUCUUAAUGAUAAUAUCGUUGGCGUGGCUUAUAUUUUAUUACGUCCAACGGUUUCGCUAUAUUCACGCAAAAGAUAUUUUGGCCCGUCGGCUAAACAGUGCGGCCAAGAAAGCCAUGGAUAAGAUACCGACAAAAACCAUACGUCCGGCGGAUUUGGAAAAGAUUUUUGAGGAAGAAUUUGCUGAGUUGUGUCCCGUCUGUAUCGAUACGUUCAAGACAUGUGAUAUUAUACGUAUACUUCCCUGCAAACACCUGUUCCACAAGUCAUGUGUAGAUCCCUGGCUCCUGGAGAAUAGGUCAUGUCCUAUGUGUAAAAUGGACAUACUCAAAUAUUAUGGACUAGUGUUUACCGGCAGUCAGGAAAGCAUACUAAACAUUGAAGUGGACGUUGAUGUCAACCCCCAACACCACUGGCAUCAACAUCAAAAUACUAGUGGUGGCGGCGGCGGCGGCCGCGGCGGUGGUGGUGGCGGCGACGGUAAUGACGCCGAUGACGACGACGAUGAUGACAUCGAAGUGGUACACAUACCUAUUGUUUCGUCGUCGUCGUCCGCGUCACCGAUGACCCGAAACAAUCGUCACCACAGUCAUCAGCACCGAUCCCGAAGUACUAGUGGCCAGCGAUCAUCGCCGCGCCGUAACGGCCAGCAGCAGCAGCAGCACAACACCGGCGAUGAUAAGACCGCCGCCGAAGUCGGUCAGUCAUUACAGAGUCACUCAUCGUUGUCGUCGACGACGACGACACCGUCGGCAGCCGUUAUUCAGCAGUCAGAUGAUAGCCGAUCGCCAACAUCACCGUCACUGUCGUCAUCAUCACAAUCAUCAACGGCAACGGCGGUGGCCAACGAACCUCUUAAACUCCCCGUGAGUGGCGGCAGCGGCGGCAUUGAAAUACUUGUCGAUACCGGCCACCCGACACCCGCCGCUGAUCAUCACAAUAGUAGUAGUAGUACUAAACGUACCGUAGAUGUAGAGUCGGACGACAAUGACGACGAUGAUGAUGACGAUGACCACUGUUGCCGACGACCGCUAUCCCUAUCGACGACGACAUGGAUGUCAUCGAAAUCAUUAACCGGAGCUCAGGUGCCGUCAGUAUCAUCUCAACCGACGACACCGACAACGACAACGACGACGACACUUGAGUCAGUACAACAUCCACACCAACACAAUGAAGAUGUUUGCGUUGUUGUUGUCGAUGACGGAACAGGUGGUAGUGAUGGCCACAAAUUUGAUGACAAUAGUAGUAGUGAUGGUAGUAGUAGUCGCUGUAGUUAUGAUAAUCUAUGCAUUACUACCACUACCGGUGCUAUUGGUAAUAGUAGUAAUGGUCCUCAAAAGUAUUGA